AUCCCUGCUCGUGUGUACUACUUUGGAACGAAGCAGCUACAGAGGGCCACAACACAACCCUUACGGCCAGAUUCCUCCACGGUUCCCCCACCCACAUGGGGACCCCUUAUCCAACCCCCAUCGCUCCCUCCCAAACCCGUGUUGGAUGGAUCGGCAUAGGCGUAAUGGGGGCCGCCAUGGCCUCUCGCCUCCUCUCCGCCGGCUACUCCCUCACAAUCUACGCCCGCACACCUUCCAAAUCUCUGUCUCUACGAUCCCAAGGCGCCCUCCUCGCCUCUUCGCCGCGCGACGUCGCUCAAUGCAGCGACGUUGUCUUCACCAUGCUGGGACACCCACAAGAUGUUCGACAAAUUGUCCUUGGUUCAGAUGGUCUUCUCUCUGGCCUAAACCCCAACUCCGUCAUGAUCGACACCACCAGCAGCCACCCUGCGCUCGCGCGAGAGAUGUUCGCGGCUGCGCGCGAGAGAGCUUGCUGGGCUGUCGACGCGCCGGUGUCCGGGGGUGACAUUGGCGCUAGAGAUGGGAAAUUAGCUAUAUUUGCCGGUGGUGAUGGUGGAGUUGUGAAUUGGUUGACACCAUUGUUUGAGAUUUUGGGGAGGGUUACGUAUGUGGGUGAAGCGGGGCGCGGCCAGAGUAGCAAAAUAGCGAACCAGAUAAUGGUGGGAGCAAACUUGUUGGGGAUGAGUGAAGGGUUGGUGUUUGCAGAGCGGGCGGGUUUAGAUGUUAGGCAGUUUGUGGCGGCGGUGAGGGGUGGGGCGGCGGGAUCGAUGGCGAUGGACUUGUUUGGGGAGAGGAUGAUAGGGAGGGACUUUAGGCCGGGCGGGUUCGCCGAGUAUAUGGUGAAGGACUUGGGGAUGGGAGUGGACGUUGUGGAGGAAGGCGAGGAUGAGAGGGUGGUGGUGUUGCCUGGGGCUGCAUUGUGUAAGCAGUUGUUUUCUGGGAUGGUGGCUAAUGGGGAUGCGAAGCUUGGCACUCAGGGUUUAAUCACUGUUAUAGAGAGGAUCAAUGGCAAUUGAGAUCAUAAGCAGAACCCAAUCACACACUGUUUUGGGCUCUGGUAUUUUUUUGGAGUCAAUCAGAGAGAUGUAUAAGUUCUUGAAACAUGUUUUGUUCGUUUUGCUUGGGUGGUUUUGUAAUGGGUCUAAGGUGUUUGAUGAAAAUAAUUGAUGUAUUUUGGUGUGUAUUUUGAUUCAUCUCAUAAAAUUAGCACAUGUUGCUCUAAGAAAACAAUAUGAUAUAUA